AUGAUCUUUGCUAUAAAUGAAAUCAACAGAAAUCCUGAAAUGCUGUCUAAUGUUAAACUCGGCUACAAGAUUUAUGGUAACUGUGGAACCAUGGACAUCCUGAGAGCUGGCCUGGCGCUGAUGAGUGGAUUAAAGGAAGAAUUCAGUGAUGAGAACUGCACUAAAUCAGAAACAGUCCAAGCUAUCCUGGGGCAUUCAGGAUCAAGACCGACUAUUGCAUUUGCACGGGUUGUUGGAAGGUUUCAAAUACCUGUGAUCAGCCACUUUGCCACCUGUGCCUGUCUGAGCAACAGAAAAGAGUAUCCCACUUUUUUCAGAACUAUUCCCAGUGACUACUACCAAAGCCGAGCGCUGGCAAAGCUGGUCAGGCACUUUGGCUGGACCUGGGUUGGGGCUUUAGCUGUGGAUAAUGAGUAUGGCUUCAAUGGCAUAGCAGCAUUUAUCCGAACAGCACAAGAAUACGGAGUGUGCGUUGAGUAUUCUGAAGCACUUUCCUCGUCGGAUCCACCUGAAACUCUGCAGAGAAUAACACAGAUCAUUAAGCUCUCCACUUCCAAAGUGAUAGUAGCUUUUAUGUCUCACAGAGAAAUUAAGCUGCUGGCAGCUGCGCUGUACAAACAGAACGUUACAGGUCUGCAGUGGAUCGGCAGUGACGCCUGGAUCACAGAUCACUCUCUGACUGACAGUGAGGGACACAGCAUCCUGGUGGGCUCGCUGGGCUUCACCAUCACCAAAGCUGAGAUCCCCAGGCUGGGAGAGUAUCUGAGACAGCUCCACCCCUCACAGUUCCCUGAAAGUCAGUUUGUCAGAGACUUCUGGGAAGAUGUGUUUGAUUGCUCUCUGAAUCAAACUGCAAACCCACAGAAACAGCCAUGUAGCGGCUUUGAGAGCCUGCAAAAUGUUGAAUCAAAGUUCACUGAUGUGUCUGAGCUCAGAUUCACUAAUAACGUCUACAAAUCAGUUUACGCAGUGGCUCACGCUCUUGACAACCUGAUCAAAUGUGAUGGAGGUAAAGGGGCCUUUCCUAACAGGAGCUGUGCUGGUAUCAGACACAUCCAACCGUGGCAGGUCUUGCAAUAUCUUCACACUGUAAAUUUCACAACCAGGGAGGGGGAAAGAGUUUAUUUUGACGAAAAUGGAGACUCACCGGCGAGAUAUGAACUUGUUAAUUUACAGAUUGCAAGCAGAGGAACCAUGGAAGGAAAAACACUUGGCAUUUAUGAUGCUUCUCUUCCAGACAGUCACCAGUUUGUCAUGAACAGUAUCCCAGUUGUUUGGGGAAAUGGGCUGCCUGAGGUGCCUGUGUCAGUUUGCAGUGAGAAGUGUCUCCCGGGAACUCACAAAGUCCUCCAGAAAGGAAAACCAGUCUGCUGUUAUGAUUGCAUACCCUGCCCGGCAGGAGAGAUCACCAAUUUAACAGAUUCAAUUAUCUGUCUGAAAUGCCCACCAGAGUUCUGGUCCAACAAACGAAGAGAUGCCUGCAUCCCCAAAGCAAUAGAAUUCCUCGCGUAUAAUGAAAUUCUGGGAACAUUGCUUGUGCUAUUUUCUUUGCUGGGAGUUUUUCUAACUCUCAUCACAACCCUAGUGUUCUACUGCCACAGAGAAACUCCUCUAGUACGAGCCAACAACUCAGAAAAAAAAAGAAAACAAUGGAGAAAAUACCUAUUGGCUCAAGAGAAAACUGUACCUUGA